CAUGCAGAGACGGUUAUUUCACGCGUAGUUAGCUCUAAAUUGGCCAGAAAAUGACCUCGGCCGGGCGAACCAUAUGGUGUAGGGCAGUCCUGAAUUAUCAAAUUUACUCGUCAUUGUUCCGGAGUCAAAUUGGAUAUUUGUCCCGUCAGAUAUUUGUCCUGAUACUGCUUGUGGGUUUCCAGUACACCUAAAAGAAGACAAGUGCUUUACAAACUUGUGGUACAUUACAAUUGUCAAGGAGAAUUCCGGCGAAUAUUGUCUAGAGGGAUCGCGCUGUGGAGGAUUAAAUCCUAACAAAACCCGAACCUUAACCCUGCAAAAGCGCAGUACAUCAUCUGGCAAUUAUUUGACAAGGAAGUUAUUUGACGUGAUAGCGGGCACCGAGGACACAGCAUACGCUUAGGUUGACAGAAGUCCUUCUUGGUUCCAAGCCGCAAGGAAGCACCAUGGCUGGGGGAAAACAUAGACCGUGCCUUGAACUGGUCUUUAUAUGCUGUUUGUCACUUCUACGCGUGGUUUCAUCCCGGGAACACGGUGAGAAGAGACUUCUCCUGGAGGGAGACGUGAUCCUGGGUGGCCUGUUCCCGCUACACGAGCCCGGGCCGGACGGGACGUGCGGGCAUGUGUCGGUACCCGGGGUUCAGGCUCUGGAGGCCAUGCUGUUUGCCAUCGACCAAGUCAACAGAGAUGGCAAGAUACUACCAGGCAUCAGUCUAGGCGCUCAUAUACUUGACACGUGCAAGGAUCCGUUACGGAGUGUGCAGGGAGCCAUGACGUUUGUACACCGGGAUAGAGGGCCAGAUGACGCCUUCUGUGCUGACGGUUCUAGGCCUCAUCACGGCCGCAAACACAAACAACCGGUCUGUGUCAUUGGGCCCACCAGUCGCACCGAGGCCGUAAAAGUGGUCGCCGAGCUUCUGGGGUUAUUCAAGGUGCCUCAGAUCUCCUUCUCGCCCGACACCUCGGGUCUCCUACCGGAGUUUGAGUACUUUUUCCAGUCGGCGCCAUCAGAGACAAAUCAGGCCGCCGUCUUGGCCGACAUCGUGCAGGAGUUAGGCUGGAACUACGUGUCUCUGGUCGUCUCUGAGGGGAGGUACUACGAACAGAACGCAGAUGCCUUUCUAGAGGAGGCUAAGAAGUCUGGAAGAGGUAUUUGCAUGGCAACUUACCAGAAGAUUCCACGAGAUGCGGGUGCAGCUGACAUGGACCGGGUUAUAGAAGGGCUGUUGCAGCACGCACGUGCGGUGGGAGUGGUGGUGUUCAGUACCGACAGACAGGCCAGCAGUCUUUUCUCUGCCGCUGAAAGGAUGGGCGCUGUGAAUCACUUUGUGUGGCUUGGCGGGGAGACCUGGCACAGAGAUGACGUCCUGACGUCCAGUUGUGGGGAGAGCGUUAUCACUCUCGCCCAUGACCGUGAGUCGGAACAGCUGGAAGAGUUUGCAAAGUACUUCUCCAAGCUUAGACCGCAUAACAACAAGAGGAACCCGUGGUUUGGAGAGUACUGGGAGCAUCACGUCCAGUGCGUUUCCGAGUCACUGUCGCAAGGGGGCGUAGGUGAACCUUGCACAUGUACAGGUGAAGAGGAUAUCACAGUGUCUCAACACAAGUGGGUACGUGGAGUGCAGGAUGCGGUCUCAGUUGUAACCAGUGCGUUACACGACAUGCAUGAGGAGGUGUGCCCCCGCGGACGCCAUGGCCACCGCCUGUGUCCGCAGAUGGAGAACCUGGAUACAGAACUCCUGAUGAACUUCAUCGCCAACGUGACGUUUGGAGUGGCUCAUGGUGAAGAGGUAACCUUUGACUCCACACGGAUCACUCCGCUCUCGCUUCCCGAACGAUACAACAUCUUCUCCGUCCACACCAAAGGCGGGAACACUCGCUUUCGACCCGCUGGGCAAUGGAACGGCUUUUCUUCCAACCCUCUUGAUCUCAACCCGCAACACAUACACUGGCCAGGGCACGCUAGGGAGAAUGAGACCAACACUUCUUCUCCAGGCGAUGAAGAAGGGACAGUUUUUUCAGAAGAAGGCAUCCCGAAGUCGGUGUGCAGCGAUCCGUGCUCCCUCGGUGAGAGAAAGGUGACCCAGCGUGGAGACUCCUGCUGUUGGGUGUGUGUGCGGUGUGCACAGGGAGAAUACCUAAAGGAUGACGUCACGUGCGAGGCCUGUCCCGAGGGACACUUGGCCAAUCACGACUUUUCAGCCUGUGAACCGACCAAUGAGAACGAGGAUGCUGGUGACAUAGAUGAUUAAAAAUAUGCUAUUGGUGAUGAACUUCUGUUAUCAC